CCUGUGCGGGGCCGAGGCCGCCCUUGGUCCGGUCCCACCCCCGGCGGCCUGGCGCCUCCCUCGCGCCCUCCCCGCCGCGGUGACUCACGGAGCGGGAGGCGGAGGCUACGCUGAGGCGGAGGCGGCCCGGCUGCUGCUGCUCCUGCUGCUCCCGCUGCCGCCGCUGCCGCCACCACCGCCGCUGCCGCCGAGCCGAGCGAGCCGAGCCAGAGCGUGCCCCGGAGCAAGCUGGGCCCGCAGCCCCGCGCUCCGGCCCCGGGGCUGGCCCAGGAAUCUCUGGAGUUGGACUGAGGGGAAUGAACCGUGAGGAGCUCCCGGGUAGAGUCCGGAGGAGAUGUAUAUUCAGCAGAAAGUUCGGGUACCUGCUCAUGCUGAGGAAGAUGGGAUCAAAUCUGACAGCCAGUGAGGAAGAGUUCCUGCGGACGUAUGCAGGCGUGGUGAGCAGCCAGCUGAGCCAGCUCCCUUCACACUCCAUCGACCAGGGUGCAGAGGAUGUGGUCAUGGCGUUUUCCAGGUCUGAGACAGAGGACAGGAGGCAAUAGCCACAAAGCAUCCUGGGAACCCCUGGAAGCCAACAAGGGCCAUGAGAGCUCUGCCGGCUGGAGAAGCUGGUUGACUGCACCGGGUCCCCUGCCCUUCCCCCCUCCCCCCUCUUCAGACCCCCAACCCCCUCCCCCCUGCCCAGCCCCACUGCUCAGCCGGCUGUGUUCUCAAGGGAGAGGCCAGUGGUGCACAUGGGAUUGGCUCAAAGGGAUGGACUCUGCAAUUGGCUAAAGGGAGAAAUCUUUUAUUUUUUAAAUCCUGACCAAUGGAAACCUUGUCUUUUUAUUUCUGCCUCUUUCACCACCUCAUCCCCCUUCUUGCUGUCUGGGCAUAGAACUUCCCAGGAAGCUCUCCUAUGCCUUGGUGCUUUAUUUAGGUCAUUUUUAGGAAUGUGAAAAGGUUUUGAUUGGCUGCCUAAAACUGGAAACAACUCUUGAUUGGCUGAUGAAAGGAAAAUGCUUCUCUCUUUGAUUGGUUUCAGGUAUUCUGCUGAUCUCAACAGCUUGAUUCUGAGUAAAGAGAACAGGGUCUGGGGCAUUGGCUGUUACAUUUGACUUGAAAAAAAUAUAUAAAACCAAGUGUGCUUUGCGAUAUUUAUUACACAAAGAGCUGCUGCUGCUUUAAAAUUUUAUUUUUUAAUUCGAUUGGCUUAUGGUCAAUAUGUUUGGUUUCCCGAUGGUUCCUCCAUGGCUCAAGUUAGCAUAGAUUCCCCCCCCCCAAAAAAAAAACCCCAAUAACAACAACAAAACUGUACCACCUCUGCUGCUUGAAAUCUCUGGUCCCAGGGGGAAGCCAACUCAGAGUGUAUUUACAUUAAUAAUAGCACCUGCCCUCUCUGGAGCUGGGAAUCUAAGGGGACCCUUGGCGGGGCCACAGCUGCAAAGUAGAACCCAGGACAAGCUGUAUUUCAGCUCUGUAAGAGUCAGUGUUAGAGGUCACUAGAAGCUGAGGAGUGGGAAGGUGUGUGUGUGUGUUGCACUCAUGCCUCUGCCACUCUCUGUAGAGUAAGGAUGAUGCUGGGAAAAAAUCCAGGUCUCUCUGCACCUUCAAACCUUGUUUCUACUGCAGCCUGGGAGCUUCUUGCUUGAAGGGGAGAUUUUGGUCCCUCAAGCUCUUCUCAGUCCUUGUUUAGAGAUUUCCGUUGCUUCCAGCUUUAGGAGUAAAGGAUGCCGAAUACCGGGAGGCCCCACAUGAAGCACACAGGCCCUUCCUACAGGAUUACUUGGCCCCUGGUCUGGAACCUGGGGAUAGUUGAGGAGAUAGGGUUCAAUUCACUUGUCCUAAGGGUGCCUUUGGUCUACCUUCCCUCCCCUCCUGUGUGCUUCUACCACCCCACCCUUACCCUAACAGUCUUGCAGUAACUAGAGUGUCUGGAGAGCCUAUGACCCCAAGGGGCAGUCCUCCCAGCCUGCACUGCCCCUUUGAAGAGCCUAGCCCACAUGUAGAAAAGAAAACCAUUAAUCAUAGUUGCACAGGUUUCUGCCUGGCAGGUAGGGCCAACAUCAGCUCACAGUCAUUACUUCCCCACCUGUACAUGGCCCUGAGCCCGGGCUCUCUGGAGCCCCAGGUUAAUGCAGAGGAAGCAGGAGCUCUCCAUGGCCACUCACCCACCCUUCCUUCCCUUGAAGGGUCACUGCACCCCCAUCUCUCCUGCCUGACUUCCUGUGGCACACACAGGACUGUACUUCCAAGUAAACAGGAAAAGAUGCCAAGUCCAUAGGAAACUGUUCUUAGGGAAGAGGAAGCCUCAGCGCCAUCCCUGUACAAAUCCCAAGUUGGUAAUAAAGGGUCUAGCUCUAAGCCCUUUCCCCAGGGAGGGGAUGAAGUUUUCUGAGCCAACAGUCCUUCCUGCCCAAAGGCUCGGGGCCAGCCAACAGCCAACAAGGCAUGAGUAUACAGCUGCAGAGGGUCAGCAGUUUAAUGACCUCAAACAUGUGCAGAGAGGUUGCACCAGAGCGGGCCACUGUCUGUGACCAAUUAGCAGUGCUAACGAGGCCCCCACCAACCUCUGGUCCAAUCUCUUUAAGGUCAGUGAGUUUGGGACAAUGUAACCCAUUCACAGCCAUACACCAACCGGCCCCUAACCCUAGCCAGGCUGCUCGGCCAGGUCGCCAGUGCUCUCGGUCACAAAGGGGGCAGGAGUAAGGAAGAGCAUGUGUGUCCUGGAACAGGUUCAUCUCCUCUCUAGCUAAACACCUAGAUAGCGGGUCAGUAGCAAUAUUUUCACCUACAAAGGAUAACAUGCAAAAAACUGAGUGUCGUUGGCUGGCAUCCCGAUCAUAGGGUGGAAAGUGAACUCAGACACACAGGCAGGGUCCCCUUCUUGGAGUCGGGGGUCAGUCCCAGUUAUUGCCCAGUGUACUCUGCAAGACUGAAUCUCCUCUCAAGGGUCAGACUCCAGAUGCAGUGGCUACAAGCCCCAGGCCCGCCCGUGUCAAGCUAACGUGCAUCUCUCUUGUGUCCCCAAUGCCAACUCUGACCUGUCUCAUCUUCUGAAGAAGAAAAGUGAAAGUGUUUCUGUGGUUUAACCUUUUGACUAAAAAUGUAACUGUUGGGGAAAAAAAUAACAAUAAAGGGUUUUAAUAGCUUGUCA